AUGUUAACCGAGGAAACGUAUUAUUGGGCGCUACAACAAUCAAUCGGUGCCGUUGUUAAUUCCAUCACUGUCAACGUCAUCAGCAGUGCAACAGCAACUGGUGGCAAAGGUCGACGUCGCCGCAACAUUCAAUGCGAUAAAACAGAUCGUUCAGGUGAGGUCAUCGUCUUUGGUAUCGGAUUGAAUUAUCCACAAAGUUUGCCAUGCCAAAAGUUGACCUGUCAAAUUGAUCUAUUUAUCGACAUUCGUGAAAAAUUCAACACUGUAACCAAUGUCAAUAUUACGAUUGACGAUGGAAGCAUCUUAUCAUUAGAGCUUUGCCAUGUUCAAUCUUAUCCCAGUGGCAAUAGUUACAAUGCAAAUAAUACUAAUGGUAUUAUCAUCGGACCGAUAACGUCAACAACAACAACGACAAUAACUACAGAAAUAAGCACAAUCACAAUAAGAACAACAAUGACAACAACAACAACUACGGAUAUAACCACAACAACCUCAACUACAUCAACUACGACAUCAACUACGACAUCAACCACGAUAUCAACCACGACAACAACCACAACAACAACCUCAACUACAUCAACUGCAACAACAACAACUACAACGACAACAACUACUACAACUACAUCGACAACAACUACUACUGCUACAACAUCAACCACGACAACUACGACAACAACAAUUUCAACUACAACAACAACAACAACUACCACUACUACUACAGCAACAACUACCACUACUACCAGCACAACUACUACUACUACAACAACUACUACUACAACAACAACUACUACUACUACUACCACAACUACUACUACAACAUCAACAACGACAACAACUACCACUACUACCACCACGACUACUACUACAACAUCAACAACGACAACAACUACCACUACUACCACCACGACUACUACUACAACAUCAACAACGACAACAACUACCACUACUACACCAACGCCGCAAUGGACAAUCACAGGAGGCAUGAGUGUCGCACGAUAUGAUCACACAGCAUCCACAUUAGUAAAUGGGUUCGUAUUAGUUGCUGGUGGAUCUGGUAGUGGUGGCGUUCUCAAUAGUCCUGAAUUGUACAAUCCAUCAACAGGCACUUGGAUAACUACAGGAAGCAUGAAUACCGCACGAACGUAUCACUUAGCAUCUACAUUAGCAAAUGGAUUAGUAUUAGUUACCGGUGGAUACAUCGUUGGUAGUUAUCUCAAUAGUGCUGAAUUGUACAAUCCAUCAACAGGCAGUUGGGCAACCACAGGAAGCAUGAGUAUCACACGAUCUUGGCACACAGCAUCCACAUUAGCAAAUGGAUUAUUAUUAGUUGCUGGCGGAUAUAACAAUGGUUAUCUCGGUAGUGCUGAAUUGUACAAUCCAUCAACAGGCACUUGGACAACUACAGGAAGCAUGAAUGCCGCACGAGCAUAUCAUAUCGUAUCCAUAUUAGCAAAUGGAUUAUUAUUAGUCGCUGGUGGAGUUAGCAACGGUGGUUAUCUCGAUAGUGCUGAAUUGUACAAUUCAUCAACAGGCACUUGGACAACCAUAGGAAGCAUGAAUGCCGCACGAUAUUUUAGCAAAGAAUCGGCAUUAGCAAAUGGACAAGUAUUAGUUACUGGUGGACUUAACAACGGUGGUUAUCUCAAUAGUGCUGAAUUAUACGAUCCAUCAACAGGCACUUGGAACAUUACAGGAAGCAUGAGUAUCGCGCGAGCAUAUCACACAAUAUCCACAUUGACGAAUGGAUUAGUACUAGUUGCUGGUGGAUCUGGUAAUGGUGGUAUUCUCAAUAGUGCUGAAUUGUACAAUCCAUCAACAGGUAUUUGGACAAUUACAGUAAACAUGAGUAUCAUACGACAAUUUCAUACAGCAUCGACAUUAGGAAAUGGAAAAGUAUUAGUUGCUGGUGGGUUCGACGGUGGUAGCUAUAUCAAUAGUGCUGAGCUUUAUUAA